UUAAAUUUAUGAAAUAUACUAUGGAGAAUAUUCUUCAGAAACAGAUUAAAAAUGUGAUGAGUCAGUUUCCAGAGGCACUGUCUCCUUCCUCUUAUUCAAUGCCUCAGGAGAUUUUAUCCCCUGAGGACAUUAAAAUAACUAGAGAAUUGAUCAGGGAUUCACAGACUGAUCCAUUGAUGAGCCAGCUUCUUAAGAAGCUACUUAAUUCAUAUGAAUCAAUAAUUUAUGAAAACUCUGUGCUCGCUUCGAGAAUUAUUCUUGAAGCUGGAGCUAAGAGAGUCUAUCAGCAUAAUCCUCAAUGGAUCGAUAAUUUUGCAGCUGCUGGAGGCGAUUUUGAUUCAUCUUACAAAUAAAAUGGUCCUUCUCCAAAGAGAGCUUUUACAAACACAAUUAGAUAAGGAAGGAAUAAGGAACGAGCAACUAGAGAGAACGAUUUCCCAAAAAGAAGAUGAAAUCCAGCAGUUGACAAAGUCAAAUAAGUCUCUUUUCACAGAGAAUUAUGAUUUACUGAAGUACAAGUAUCUUCACGAGAGUUUAAAAGCCGACCAAUCGCAAUAUGAAAAGCCUAACCAGAACGAUCAUAAUAGUGAAAUCACAGAGGAAAAAGAAUCAGACCAUUCAGAAGAAGCUAAUGAGAGAUCUGAAGAGGCUGAUGAGCUUACUGAAGAAGAAAAUCAAACGUAUUCACAUAAGAGUCAAUCUGAGGGGGAGGCAGAAGAGCAAUCAGAAGAUCAGUCUUUCAAUAAGAUUCGGGAAGAAGACACUUACCUUCAGCCUGAAGCUAGAAAUUAUAUGUUGUAUCCUCCUGAUGACCAAUUAAGUGUGGAGAAGAGGUACCCUCAGCAACAAAUUGAAGACUCUCAACUACAAGAGGAGUUACAUGAGGAAGAUCACUUUGAACAAAAUGAAGAUUAUGACCUGCAAGAAGAACUUGAUAAUUGUGAAGAAAGAAAAGAAAAAUUUAAUUAUGAGCAAGAAGACCAAGACCAAGAAAAGUACGAUUUUAAAGUAACUGACCCAAUUAAAGAGAUGGACUUGAAUGUUGAUCAGAACAACGAAGACCUAUAUGAGCUUUUGCUCUCUAAACAAUCAGUGUUUGAUGUUUCCAAAGAGACUAUCUCUUUGAAUCAAAAUUCAAAGCUCAGCUCUAGUAUAAGAAGUAAGAAUAGUUUAAUAAUGGAUGCUGAAAGAUCUACCAAGACUCUUGAUAUCUUGAUUAAGUCAACUCAGCAGCGUCAUUUAAAAAGAAACAUGACCAAAAAUGCAAUAAAAGAAAAACCGAAAGUUAACGAAGCUGUAGAAAUAGAAGAAAGUAUGGAUAUUGGAAGCUACCAGAUAGCUGGUGUUAAUGCGGUUGAUAAUAGAAUUUCAAACUCUAUUACAAAAUCCUCUGAAGACAGUCCUAGGAAAACACCUCCUACUCCAGAACCAGUAGGAAAGCAUAAAUCGAUAGCUUCUCAGCCAACUCUGUCCUUGCCUGGUUCAGAACUUGACCCACAAGUUUCAAAAAUUCGUGGCUCUUACAAAGUGACAAACCCAGAAUUCAAGCAAGAGAAAAAAGAAGAGAUGAUCCUUGUCCAUAACGAGUUCAAGGAAGACCAAGAAGAAGAGAAGAAAGAGCCUGAAAACAGAGCCGUGGAGAGUUCUAGAAAUACAUUCAAGUACCCAUUUAGAAAAGAAGGUUCAAAACUCAUGAAUACUCUUGAUGAAGUUACCAAACAAGCUAAAAUGAGAGUCAUUUGCAAUAGAAAGCAAGCUAACCAGACUAGGAAGAAUAAGAGUCAAGGAAGAAUGAAGCCAACAAAGUCAGUUGAUUUAGCCCCACAUAAUAAGGAUUCUAAUAUUGACAAGUCCAGUGCAAUUUCAAGGAAUUCUAAGUCCUCCGCUUCAUAUAGUAGGCUUAGGCAGCCAACACCCACUUCUGUUUCUAGUAGAAAAUCUCUUGAAAGUAUCAGAACCAAUUUAAUGACAAGCCAUUACAGGACAAUGCGUAAUGCUGUGAAGUCUGGUUUGAAAACUCCUAGAGGGGCUAUUCAAAAGGAAAACCAUAAAGGUCUUUCUAGUCAUUGUCCUCCUGGUAAUCCCAAAGAAUGUACAACUCCAACUGUAUCUGCUAAAAGGCCUGUGCUUGGACAAAAAUCAUUCCAGCCAAAAAGAUUUAGAUUCUAGUCACUUCUAUAAUA